GUGAAAAUGGACUAUGAUUUCAAAUUGAAGCUGACAGGGGAACGAGAACGUGUCGAAGAUCUGUUUGAAUACGAAGGAUGCAAAGUUGGUCGAGGGACGUACGGGCAUGUGUACAAAGCGAAAAGAAAAGAUGGUCCACUGCACUGCAGCCUGGACUAGAGUGGACAGUAAAUGGACAUGAUUGUGGUUCUGGUUUGUUGGGUGAGACCUAAGCUGCCGAUCCAAAGGCACAGGCAUUACCGUCCAGACAGGCUGGAGUCUUAGUCAAAGAGUUUUAAGUGUUUAAAGAUGUUGUUGUCUCACCGUAGGAGCUGGCUGUUUGUGAGUGAGCGUUUAAAAGAUAAUUUGUUCUGCAGGAGUUGGACCAGGCUGGUGGAGGCAUAGCAACAUUUUUUAUGGGGUUGUGUGGAUGAAUGUGUGUGUAAGUGUGUGUUUGGUCUGUCUCUGUAUCUGUCGGUCCCAGUGUAUUUCUAUCUGUCUAUCUGUCUCUCUGUGUGGGUGUCUGAUGGAGCUGGUGUUUGCCAGUCUUUCUCCCAGUCUGGUAUUGUCCCUGCUCUCUGUGUUUACCUCUCAUCCUCAUGCCAGAAAGUGUUUUCCCUUCCCCUGAUGUUUGCCUAUGGAGGUAUGCUGCCAUAGAAAACAAUCUGGAGGCAUUCUGGGAAGGACGAUAAAGACUAUGCCCUUAAGCAGAUUGAAGGCACGGGGAUCUCUAUGUCUGCUUGCCGUGAGAUUGCACUGUUGAGAGAGCUGAAACACCCCAACGUGAUCUCCCUGCAGAAAGUGUUCCUGUCACAUGCAGACCGCAAAGUCUGGCUGCUGUUCGACUAUGCCGAGCAUGACCUCUGGCACAUCAUUAAGUUCCACAGAGCCUCCAAGGCCAAUAAGAAGCCCUUGCAGCUGCCCAGAGGCAUGGUCAAGUCCCUGCUGUACCAGAUCCUGGACGGCAUCCACUACCUGCACACCAACUGGGUCCUGCACAGAGACCUGAAACCGGCCAACAUCCUGGUGAUGGGGGAGGGCCCAGAGCGAGGUCGUGUUAAGAUUGCGGAUAUGGGCUUUGCGCGGCUCUUUAACUCACCACUGAAGCCUUUAGCAGAUUUGGACCCUGUGGUGGUCACCUUCUGGUACCGGGCACCCGAGCUACUGCUGGGAGCCAGGCACUACACCAAAGCCAUCGAUAUCUGGGCGAUUGGCUGCAUCUUUGCCGAGCUGUUGACGUCAGAGCCCAUAUUCCACUGUCGACAGGAGGACAUCAAAACCAGUAACCCCUACCACCACGACCAACUGGACCGCAUCUUCAACGUCAUGGGCUUCCCUGCAGAUAAGGACUGGGAGGACAUUAAGAAGAUGCCGGAGCACUCCACACUCAUGAAAGACUUCAGAAGGAACACGUACACUAACUGCAGCCUUAUUAAGUACAUGGAGAAGCAUAAAGUCAAACCUGACAGCAAAGCAUUCCACUUGCUGCAGAAGCUGCUGACGAUGGACCCCAUCCGCAGGAUAACGUCUGAGCAGGCCAUGCAGGACCCCUACUUCCUGGAGGAGCCACUGCCCACCUCUGAUGUGUUCGCUGGCUGCCAGAUACCCUACCCUAAAAGGGAAUUCCUUACUGAGGAGGAGCCAGAGGACAAGGCAGACAAAUUGAAACUGCAGAAAAACCAGCAACAACAACAGGGGAACAACCACACCAACGGGGCGGGCCAUGCCGGUAACCAAGACAACAGCCACGCCCAGGGCCCACCUCUGAAGAAGGUGCGGGUGGUCCCCCCUACCACUACCUCAAGUGGCCUGAUUAUGACCUCAGACUACCAGCGCUCCAAUCCACAUGCUGCCUAUCAGAACCCAGGACCAAGCACAUCACUGCCCCAGAGCAGCAUGGGAUACUCCUCUACCUCCCAGCAGCCGCCGCAGUACUCCCAUCAGACCCACCGCUACUGAGAGCCCUGACCCCUCUCCACCCCCUCACUUCCUCCUCAAGCUCCUCCUCUUCCUCCUCCUGGCCACACCCAAAGCCCCCAGCCCUGGUCCAGCCCCUCACAGCGCCCAGCAGGGAGAAUGUACGGAGGGAGGAGGGACGAUUCUGAGCGCGUGCGGAAUCAAGCAGGAACAACCCCGACCCACUUCCAUAACCCCAACCUCGACCUGCACCCCUGCCCCCCCGCCAAACACCCAUCUCCCACCCACCCUUUGGCCCUACCCCUACCCCUACCCCUACCCCUACCCCUACCCCUGCCCAUGCACUGUGGGCACCUAACUCAAGCGUGUGCCCGUAGCUCAACUCAACUCUGCCAAUAAGAAACGUUAUGAACAUCACCGUUACACCACCAACAAUACAGUAAAAGAAAAAAAAAACAGAUAAAUCUUCAGCCGGACUUAAUCAUUGCCUAUACAAGAAAAACAAAUAAAAGUGAAAAUGACUAUACAAAAAAAAAAGACAAAACGCUGGAAGAAAACAGAGGCGACCAGUUUUCCUUGUUUGUGGUUUUACAUCAUCACUGCAAGUGUGUGACCAUUUUUUUAUUUCAUUUUUUUUUUGUCCUUCUCAAGAAGUGGAAACAAAUUGCCCCACAACGUGGUACUUAAUUGCUACGCGCAAAAUGGAGGAUGGCCUGACUGGAGAAACAGCUCCCCAUUGCCCAAGGUCUGCCUCCACCAAAGCCCCCCUCUUGGCCGUGCUGGACUUCCUCUUCCUUUGUGAGGGUCCUGUGGCUUCUUUGAGACUAAAGCUGCUAUUUGACUGCCAGCGGGGAUGGUGUGUCGUCCGUCCGUCCGUCUGCCGGUCUCCCUGUCUGCCCCCACUUACACACACACACACACACACACCCCACACACACACACACACACACACACACACACACACACACACACACACACACACACACACACACACACACACACACACACAGUCAAUCGCCGGGGGCCCAACUCUGUGCAGAAGCUGCUGCAAAAUGGAGCAUGCUGACAGGAUCUAGCGCCCUCUGCCGGACUAUACUGGUUAUGGGCUUUAUUAAAAGAAACUUGAUUUUAGUAGUUUAUAAUUUAAUACAUUUGGACUUUUUUUGUUUUUACGUUAGAAGUGGCAAGUGGCUUCCGUUGUGCUGCGAGUGCAGCAGUUGUUCGCGGUGGAUAAGCCUUAGAACUUUAAAAAAAAAAAAAAAAAAAAAAACAGUUUGCGUGGAUGGAUGGAACAUGCAUUGUACUGUAUUGUAUUGAACUAUUUUACAUGAAGCAAGUAUCCUGACAAUAAUAAAAGCGGAAACGUUAA